AUGAGCUCAACCAAUUCCUCUAAUGCUGUGUUUUUUACCAUAACAGAUUUCAGUCCCUAUUCCCAGAGCAUUCCUAGUCAAGUCAUUAAUAGCUUGUCCCUCAUGUGUUUUGUGGCGCUACUUUCUCUCGUAUUCUAUCUUUAUUCAAAGAAGGACCUUCGAGAGCGAAUGAAGACCAAUCAAAAGAUACUCGUGGGAAUUGUCGUGGUGUUGGUGGCAUUCCAUAGCACAUCACUCGUGUGCCGACUCAUCUAUCGUUCCAUUGAAGAAUCAAUUGUAUCUCAAAUGGAUUAUCAUGUAACAACAUCUUUCUCUCCAUCCUCAAGAGAAUAUAUGGAAUAUAUAAUUUUCAGAAAUAGUACUCUCACCACAGACCAAGCUGGAAUUUCAUUUGCAUCCAUCAUUACCAUGCAUGUGGUUGGAAGCAUUGAAGCAUUCACUACUUUGACCUGUGUUGCUAUCUUAUUGUUGAUCAUUUCAUUCGUUUCGAAUGUGUUUCUCAAUACUGUGAUUGCUAACAACUCCAACAAGAAAGCUUUCAAGAUUGCUCUCAUUGGAGUGAAUGUAGUCACUGCAGUCUUUCUUGUUGCAUUAACUUUGGCUUUUCUGUUGAUUGCAGUCUCGAAUGGACCAAUUCGAUGGAAAAUGAUUCCUGAUUUUAGAUUACCAAUUUAUUUGACUGUCUUCUCUUUGGUAACUGUUAUUAUUAUGAGCCAAAUCAUCAUUUCAUCGAUUUCCGCUGGUUUGGUCAUUCACAUGAUUCGAAAGGUUGCUCAUCACCAGAAUUCCUCGGGAACAGCGAAACGUUCUUUCAUUAAGAUUCUCAUUUUGGAAGGGAUUUUAAUUACAUUCGCUUUUGUGUUUUUAGUAGCCAUUGUGGUGUUGGUCAUGACCGUCUUUUGGUCCUACAAUUACAUUAUAUGGGAUCUCAUGAACAACUUUUCCGUUCUCAUGUUUUUAUUGGCCACCAUUUUCAUGUAUUUCCCAUUGUUUGAGAAACAUGAAGAGAAGAACUUAAAAGAAGGUGAGCCAACCGCUGUUCGGUCCAAUUCUCAAACACCAAGAUCUGCUAAUCGAACGAAUAUGGUAGUCAUUAAGGAGUCUGACGAUGCUGUCUCGGAUCCACACGUUUAA